AUGGAACAGAACGAAUCUGCUGGGUCGUUGAGUUGGCGUCUCAGCUCACAUCCUAUUACUUUGUUGUGCUUCCUAGGAUUUCGCAUUUCAAGUCUUCUGGUAUAUCUCUUCGGAAUGCUCUUCAUUAAAAACUUUGUCAUGAUCUUCAUAAUAACCAUCCUGCUCCUCGCUGCCGAUUUUUACUACCUAAAGAAUAUCGCCGGUCGCCGCCUUGUUGGAUUACGUUGGUGGAAUGAAGUAGAUCCUGCCUCUGGUGAUUCGCAUUGGGUCUUUGAAUCCUCAGAUCCAAACACGAAAAUCAUAAACCCUACGGAUAGCAGAUUCUUCUGGCUUGCACUUUAUUCGCAGCCAUUGUUAUGGGUUGGAUUAGCCUUUGUGGCUAUUUUUAGGUUUGAAUUUAUUUGGUUGACACUGAUCGUGAUUGCAUUGAGUUUGACAGUUACGAAUACUUUGGCAUUCUCGAGAUGUGAUAAGUUUGGACAAGCAUCGAAUUUGGCGGGCAGUGCUAUGUAUUCCUCAGGAAUCGCGGGAAAUAUUGCAAGCGCUACGAUUGGAAGAUUCUUCUCGAGAUGA